ACCGCAACCAUGGGCUACACGACCGUCGACCCCAACGAGACCGUGGAGAUCCGCAUGGGCGCGUCGGGCCCCGCGGCGCGGCCGCCGACGACCGUCGUGGAAAUCUUCAAGAAGACCGUGAAGGAGUGCGGGUCCAAGGUGAGCAUGCGCUGCGAGCGCGACGGCGCGUGGAAGGAGUGGACCUGGGACGGCUACCACGCGGACGUCAUGAAGGUCGCCAAGGCGCUGCUGGCCCUGGGCGUCAAGGAGCGCGACGCCGUCGCCAUCAUCGGCUUCAACUCGCCCGAGUGGGUCUUCACGUGGAUCGGCGCGGUGCUCAUCGGCGCCAUGGGCACGGGCAUCUACGCGACGAACGGGCCCGACGGCGUCGCCUACGUCGUCGAGCACAGCAAGGCCAAGGUCGUCGUCGCCGAGGGCGCCAAGCAGCUCGCCAAGUUCCGCGAGGUCGACGCGGCGCGCCUCGCGUCCGUGCUCGCGUUCGUCGCGUACCUGCCCGAGGAGGCGACGCCGGCGCCCAUCGGGAGCGCCCAGGGCAUGAACUGGGCCGGCUUCCUCGCCUCGGGCGCCGGCGUGUCCGACGACGACGUCGAGGCGAAGGCGGGCGCGGUCGUCGCGGGCCAGUGCUGCUCGCUCAUCUCAGGGCAGCAAAAGGGUGAUUCAACGCUCAUCUACACUUCCGGCACGACGGGCAACCCCAAGGCCGUCAUGAUCAGCCACGACUCGCUGACCUGGACGGCCCACGUGGGCUUCAUCGACGUCUUCAAGUGCACGUCGGAGGAGCACGUGCUCUCCUACCUGCCCCUGAGCCACAUCGCGGGGCAGAUGAUGGACGUCGUCGCGCCGAUACUGACGGGCUGCACGCUCCACUUCGCGCGGCCCGACGCGCUCAAGGGGUCCCUCAAGGACACGCUCGGCGAGGUGCGGCCCACGGUCUUCUUCGGCGUGCCCCGCGUCUGGGAGAAGUUCGGCGAGGCCAUGAAGGCCAAGGCCGCGACGCCCGGGUCGAUGAAGGACAAGGUCGCGACGUUCGCCAAGGGCUGCGGCGCGGCCAAGUACGCCGCCGCGGAGCAGGGCGACCCGGACCCGAACAACUGCAUGGCGAACCUCGUCGCCGGCUCCAUCUUCGGCAAGAUCAAGGGCGCGCUGGGCCUCGACCGGUGCCGCCUCUUCGCGACGGGCGCGGCGCCGAUCACGACGGACCUCCUCAAGUACUUCGGGUCCCUGGACAUCAACAUCCUCGAGCUCUUCGGCAUGUCCGAGGUCACGGGCCCGACGAACAUGUCCACCGCGGACAACUUCCGCGUCGGCAAGUGCGGCCUCCAGAUCCCGGGCACGGAGACCGCGUGCGCGAAAGACACGUCCGAGGUCAUCUUCCGCGGCCGCCACGUCAUGAUGGGCUACAUGUACAACCAGGAGGCCACGGACAAGACCAUCGACGCCGACGGCUGGCUCCACAGCGGCGACGUCGGCUCCAUCGACGAGGACGGCUACCUCAAGAUCACGGGCCGCAUCAAGGAGAUCCUCAUCACCGCCGCGGGCGAGAACGUCGCGCCCGUGCUCAUCGAGGACGAGAUCAAGCGCCAGCUCGACUGCGUCGCCAACGCCAUGGUCGUCGGCGACCAGAAGAAGUUCCUCACGGUGCUGCUCACGCUCAAGACGAAGCCCGACGCGGACGGCCUCCCGCUCGGCACCGAGCUCGCCAAGGACGCGGCGCUCUGCGGCUGCGCGACCAUCGCCGACGCCGCCGCGUCCGCGGACUACAAGAAGAUGAUCGAGGACGGCCUCAAAAAGGCCAACGCCAACGCCAUCUCCCGCGCGCAGAACGUCCAGAAGUUCGCGAUCCUCCCCGUGGACUUCACGCAGGAGGGCAACGAGCUCACGCCGACGAUGAAGCUCAAGAGGAAGGUCGUCCUCGAGAAGUACGCCGACGUCGUCGCCGGCCUCUACUGAGCGCCCCCGCAGGAGCCGAGUUCCAUCCGGCCAGCUCCCCUCCCCCGCCGCUCGCGCGGAGCCCCAUCGGUAACGCGGCGACGCGCCUCCCGCCCU